AUGGCACCAUCAGCAGCACCAGCUGCUCCCGCUAAGAGGGCGUCCAGCCCAGGCUCAGACAGGCGACGAGUUGAAGACGACGAGGUCAGACCGUAUGUCAUUGUGAGCCAUCUAGGGACGGGGAGCUUUGCGACGGUAUACAGAGGAUACCACGAGCAAACACAUCAGCAGGUCGCCAUCAAGACGGUUAGCAGAGCAGGCCUGAGUCCGAAGCUCUUCGACAACCUGCAGGGCGAGAUCGAGAUUCUAAAGAGUCUGCAGCACCGGCAUAUUACGAGGCUGCUCGACAUUGUGCGCGCCGAGCGGAACAUCUACUUGAUCAUCGAGUUCUGUGGUGGAGGCGAUCUCUCCAACUACAUCAAGAAGCGCGGCCGGGUAGAAGGGUUGGAAUAUGUGCCAUCGCCGGGGGCUGCCCCAACGUACUAUGCGCAUCCACGGACGGGCGGCCUGGACGAAAUCGUGGUUCGUAGUUUCCUGCGGCAGCUUGCUCGCGCACUCAAGUUCCUUCGGCAACGCAAUCUCAUUCACAGAGAUAUCAAGCCGCAGAAUCUACUCCUGAACUCUCCUGCUCCCGAUGACCUGGCUCGGGGUCAUCCACUCGGUGUGCCUCUGCUCAAGAUCGCGGAUUUUGGGUUUGCUCGACCGCUCCCCUCUGCAAUGAUGGCGGAGACGCUAUGCGGCUCACCGCUUUACAUGGCGCCAGAGAUCUUGCGGGGUGACAAGUACGAUGCAAAGGCAGACCUAUGGUCAGUGGGCACGGUGCUAUACGAGAUGGCGGUCGGCAAGCCGCCAUUCCGUGCGUCGAACCAUAUCGAGCUGCUGAAGAGGAUCGAGGCGUCCAAGGGAAUCAAGUUCCCUGACGAAGACGCACAAGCGCAGGGGCGCAUCGCGAAUGGGGAAAUACGACCUGUACCAGCUGAUAUCAAGAUGCUCAUCCGCGGGCUACUGAAGCGCGUUCCGGCGGAGCGGUACAGCUUCGAAGAUCUGUUCAAGAGCACAGCCAUGGUCAAGUCGAAGUUCCCUCGGCCUCGGAGCGAGCCCCCGGCGCCGAUCGACUAUGACGAAUAUGGUCGCCCGGUCAUUCCGGAGCACCACCGAGUUAUACCGCCCGAGGUGCUAGAUCCGAACGCGAUGAUUCCGGCCAGUAAGUUCCACUUUCGGCGGCGUGAGCCACCCCCGGCAGAAGCGUCUGUCAUUCCGGGGGAGUCGGAGGAAGAUGGGCUGCUCCGGCGCGAAUACGUCCUUGUCGGAGACGGGAAGGCGGUCGAGAUGACGAAGGCGGUAGACGAGAUCAGCAACGCUCGCCGGAGACCCUUGCGGGACCUGCGAAUGCAGCCCACGCCUGCGCCACUCGUGGAGGAUGCGAUGCGAAAUAACUACCCCGGCCCCGACUCACCAUCGCCAUUGGACGCGAAUACGACAUUCCCUCCUCCGCCGCAUCCGAACGCGCCACCGAUGGCGGCAUCACCAUCCAGCGCAGGUUCACGCUCGGGCGCAAACGCACUUACUCGUGCGCUCAGUUUUGCGUCCAAGAAGCUUCUCGGGACGUCAAACACACGGGCAUCACCGUACUAUCGGGAGUACGUGCAGCCGUCGGCGUCGCCACGGAAGCAGUCGAUACUGUCUGGGAGGACCACCGGACUUGGCCUGCAAAUGGGUGGCGAGGGCGAUCCGAUGGAAAACCAGCUGUUAGAGUCGCUGGAGCAGCUCGCGCAGAAGACGGAGGUCCUCACGCAUUGGGCGGACGAGAUGUACGAGUAUGUGAAGGCCAUCCCUCAGAAACCUCUCCCCGAUCCGAGCAAAUUCACGCGUCGCGAGGGCGAGCCCGAGCGGCAAGCCGCGAAACGCAAGAAUGCGGAUGUCCAAGCAGAGUACAAUGCGAUUACCUGCGUCGCUCUGUAUAUGCUCCUCAUGGGGUUCUCGCAAAAUGGCGUCACGAAGCUGGUGAACUACUACGAGCAUCUGCAGAUGCGUGACCCGGAAGGGGGAGAGGUCAGCGAGGGGUUUGACGAAGCACUGAUGUGGUUCGAGGAUCACUUCGCCAAAUGCCAUGCUAGGGCGAACUUGGUCAAGACGUGGUUACCUGCUCAAUACACGGGCCCGCCGACGUUCUUGGAUCAGCUUGUCUACGAUCGUGCUCUUAUGCUGAGCCGUACAGCUGCGCGCAAGGAACUGCUCGACCAAGCAACGUCUCCUGACGAGUGCGAGAAGCUGUAUGAAGAGUCCUUGUGGUGUCUGUACGCCCUGCAGGACGAUCUACUCCAGAAGGACAACCCGUUCACGGAGGAGGACCGAGCGACAAUAUCUACCUGGAUCAAGAGGACGAAACUGCGGCUCGUCAGAUGUCGAGUGCGGAUGGGCAUGAGCGAUCGCGAUCGUCUUAAGGAUGCUCGAUUAGACAAGAACCUGGAUGACGUACAGCGUGAUCCACCUCCAUGGGAAGUUCCCGUCCUGGGACCUCAGCACCUGCCCGCGCAGCAAUAGCCUAUCGCAUCAGGUUUGGGCUGCAUACAUCAACUCUUUCACCAUGACAUAUCUCUUAGACAUCCUUCCUCUUGUAGUAUAUACGUUCUCUGUGCUAGCUUUGCAUCGUCGAGUCUGUUUUCCCUCACUCUGGAUCCCCGCAUUGUGUAACAUGGACCAUCAUUCAUCAGUCUACUGAUUAUCACGAUAUAUAUGCAUUGGUGUACUGAUAUAUUAUUACUCAUACAAUGUUUCUAGUGCUGUAUUGCGCAUCGUCACCUCUAUCACAAUCAAUUUCUGUUUGCAGUGUUAUAUGUCAAACCCCCUGUCCAAAUC